CACAACUCGAAGACAGGUUCAAUAAAAAAUAAAAAAUGAAACUAAACUUAUCGCUAAUGAAAUUAAUAAUUAAAUUAUUAAUCCUAUUGAUACUCAUAGUGAUGUUAUUCAUAAUAGUGAUGUUCUUAUACAGUGCAAAAUACUGGCCGGACAUUUAUAAUUUUAUCAACGCUAAUGUAACUAUAACACACAUACCGAAAAUAUCAGAAAUCGAAAAAUCGACAAGUUUCGAUGAAACGACGGAAUAUUAUGGAACAACAAACGUAUAUGAUACAACCGAUAUAUCGAUAUCGAUCGAUGUUUUCGAUGACGACUAUUUCAAUUUCGACGACGUUGAAAAUGAAAGGAAGAAAAGAAAUUCGAUAUUCAUUGAAACCAAAGAUUAUAGUGAAGUUCCUGAGAAGAAAACUAUAGUAGAUUAUUUUUUUAAUAUCGAUGAUGAGAAUCUCGAAGAAAUAAACGAUUCAAUUGAUGAAAGUAAAUUGACAACUACUGGUAUGGAAGACGUGGAAAUUAUUACUGGAAGAGUUUUGAAUGCGCAUGGUUAUUUGGAAAAUAUGGAAGAUAACGUAACGGAGACUUUGGGCCAGAUCGUCUUCCCCUGGGUGGCGGCAAUUUAUGUCAAGAACGAUACAAGUAAUCAAUUCGACUAUUACUGUGAUGGCGCUUUGGUGUCAACUGGUGCGGUUCUUACUGCUGCCCGCUGCAUCCAAAACGGUAAAAUGCAAGCGAAGCCAGAAGAGUUAUUAGUAUUAUUGGGGAAAACUUCGCUUAACUCGAUGAACGAAUACGAGAGAUUUGUUAAGGUAGAAGACGUCAUAUUACAUGACAACUACACAAUGGAUGGAUUCGAAAACGAUAUUGCAAUUCUUGUAAUGGAAGAUCCGGUGGUAUUCAGCGAGCGGAUACAGGCUGCCUGCCUCGGGAUAGAGGACUACAAAGAGUCGAUCACAACUGGUUGGGCAGCUACAGGGGACUUGACUCUGAUUCCCUUAAAUACAGAUGAAAGUAUGAAGUGUAACGAUAUUGGAGGGAACAGGACCUACUGCGCUGUUUAUGGACGUGAUAUCAAAGUAUGUCCAAGUUACGGUGGUUUACACGUAACGAGACACGAGGACACAUGGCAUCUUCACGGUAUACGUCACGCUGACCCAAGCGACCGUGGACUUUGUGUGGAUAACGUUAUCACUUUUACAGACUUGACUGACUACAUUAAUUGGAUUAAACAAUAUAUUGAAUAA